GACUCCCAAUUUACUGCAUUGCUUUCCGGCCAUGCUUCAAGCCCUGAACCUCUACAGCGUCACAUGCCAUAGAGCAAUUCGACACAGCACCUUCAGACGUGUCAACUACCAGCUGCUCUUCGCCGUCUCCCGAUACUCGACUACUACCACCUCGCCCUCCCGCAAGCUGGCCACCAUGGCGCAACACUCCCAUCAGUUCAUGAACACCUCCGGCGAGACGGACCCGGUCUGGGUCCGCCACAUGCCCUACUCCAAGUACCCGCACUUCCCUGCCCUGGAUGGGAACGUUGAGACCGACGUCUGCGUCGUCGGGGCCGGCAUCGCCGGUAUCUCCAUCGCGUACGAGCUGGUCAACCGCGGCAAGCGGGUUACCAUGAUCGAGGCCCGCAAUGUCCUCUCCGGAGAAAGCGGCCGCACCAGCGGCCACCUGUCCAACGCGCUCGACGACGGGUACACCGAGAUCCAGAAGAAGCACGGGUCCCAGGGCGCGCGGGCCGCGGCCGAGAGCCACACCUGGGCCAUCCAGCGCGUCGGGGAGAUCUCCAAGUCCCUGGGCAUCGACUGCGAGUACCGCACGCUGCCGGCCUAUGAGAUCUCGCAGUACCCGCGCGGCGACUCCAAGCACGACCAGGAGAUCGUGGAGCUGAAGGAGGAGGUCGAUCUGGCCCAGCAGCUGGGCCUCCGGGCCUCGUACCACGAGGGACUUGCCGUGAAGGGCUGGAACGGCGCGAUUGACCAGCGCGACGCGGCCGUCUUCGCCGACCAGGCCACCUUCCACCCGACCAAGUACUUUGUCGGCGUGCUGGAAUGGCUGCGCCAGCAGCCCAAUUUUCAGUGUUUCACCCAUACCCGCAUGAUGUCUGUCGAGGAGAAGGAUCUCGUCCAAGUGAAGACGUUCAAUGGCUACACGAUCACCGCCAAUGACGUCAUCCAGGCCACGUGCGUCCCGCUGCAGAAGCUGAGUGUCAUCGCCGAGAUGGAGUACAUGCGCACGUACUGUAUUGCCAUCCGCGUGCCGAAGGGGUCCAUCGAGGACUGUCUUCUGUAUGAUGAGGCAGAGGCGUACAAGUACAUCCGCUUCACGGAGUGCGAUGCGAAAGAUGACUAUCUGGUGGUCGGGGGUUGCGAUCACAAGGUCGGCCAGGAGGAGACGGGAGGCCGGUUCGAGGAGCUCGAGACCUGGGUGCGCGAGCGAUUCACCCAGGCCGGGUCGGUCGACUACCGGUGGAGCGGGCAGAUUUUUGAGCCUGUCGACUAUAUGGCGUUCAUCGGUCGCAACCAGGGCCAACACCAUACCUAUAUUGUGACGGGCGAUAGCGGGAACGGACUCACCCACGGUGUGCUAGCAGGCAAGCUGAUCGCGGACGAGAUCACGGGCACUGAGAACGCUUGGGCUCAGCUGUACAACCCCAACCGUCUCAAGAGUAUCGCGAAGUCGAUGCCUAGCAUGAUAAAGCAUGAUCUGCAGAUCAACGCCCAGUACAAGCGGUGGAUGCAAUCCGACAUCAAGGACAUCGAGGAUCUCGCGCCUUGUUCGGGAGGCGUGAUGAAAGAGAACCCGGCCAAGCCGAUCGCCGUGUACAAGGAUGAUCAGGGCAAGGCCCAUAAGUACAGUGCCAUCUGCCCUCACAUGAAGGCUGUGUUGAGUUGGAAUGAUACAGAGAAGAGUUGGGAUUGCCCGGUCCACGGCAGUCGGUUCAGCUGCGACGGAGUGUGUAUUGAGGGACCGUCCAAGGCCAACCUGACGCCCAUGGAUGAGUUUGCGAAACGUGAGCAGCGUGCUCAAGAGGCAAUGUAAAAGAUAGUAGAAUUUUCUUCUCUUUUUUUUUGUCUUCAUUCAUAGGAAGUAUGUAAUGAUUUAAAUCCAGUA